ACCUCCUCUAAACGAUCACCGUUGCUCGCCGUCAACAUGAUGAUUUGCGUAUGUACCUGGUACGCACUGGCACCUUGCACAGCCCGGUAGCGGGAAGUAGAGGUACGAUGCCUCUUUCGGGCGAUACUUUCGUGGAACUACGCUGCAUACUGGUGGUGGUAGCAGCGUUUAUCGUAUCCGUCCAUGAAGUUGCACCUUCAACAUGACACCGCCAGCCACUCAUAGUUGUCCCUCCCCACAACCGCACGACGCACGACAUACAACCUCACCAUCUCACCCCUUGGCGGCACGUUACCAUUCUCCAGCAGUCCGCGGCUGCCUGACAUACAUGCUUUGCGGUGCGCCCUAUUUCCACCGCAGCAGACCCGACAGUGUGACCGACCGCAGCGGUCCAUGUACACGCGCAUCUUUUGAACGUGCAGUGCCACCUAGAGUGGUUCCGCGGAAGCUAUGUAGGAAGCUGUCGGCGGCUAAUUACGCCUCGGGCGGUGACACACCCGAUGGUGCCCCGUACAGUCAGUCCUUCGAUCGAAGGAUCAAUGGAGAACCUUCCCAGAGGUGUUUCGGCAUGGGAAAGUGCUCAAACCUACCUCCCUCGCUAUCCUGGGAUGAAGAUGCUUUUCGAUCGUUCGUCCAGAUUGGUAUGCUCCGGUUUGUCCGGCAGGCAAGGCAAGGGUGGAGAGUCGACCACGUAUGCAUAGUACCGGUAGGCCGAAGACGCCGUCGUCGUCGUCGGGAUUUGAAUUGGCUGGUUUGCUUGGACCGUCUUUCCUGCGUCCUCUGGACGAUCCGUUGCUAUGCGGGCGGGCACAUUCGAUGUUAGGAUGGAGGCGCGUGAGAGAGGUGCAUGGCGGAGCUCGAAAAAAGGCUGGAAAGCUGUCUCACAGGC